AUGGCAGAAAUAUCCGCUCGCUCCGAAGCCCUCCAGAAGCCCUUUGUAGUCAGCAUAUUUGACAUGCACAACCAGCCUGGGGAGUCCGAGGGGUUAGCCGAGGAGGCCGGCGAGCAAGACCAGCCAGGCGAGUCCAAGGGGUGUGCAGAGUCCCACCAGAUCCCCAAGCCCCACGAGCUCUACCAGCCCUGUGAGCCCCACAGGCCCCCCAAACCCCAUGCACCUUACGAGCCUCAUCCACCCCGUGAGGCCCUCAAGCCCCAUAAGCCCCAGGGGCCCCAUGCUCCCCGCGAGCCCCACAAGCCCCACGAAGUCGAGUUGCUUCCCAGAGCUGGUGUGAUGAUCUCCCCGUCUCUGCUGACCAGAUUCCCGCCACGGCUUCUGCUUACUUUUCUUUUUGCAGGUCCUCGUCCCUGUGACUUUGUAAGGAAAUGUUCUUUUUCUAGGAAGAGAAUUCAAGAUCUUUCUAGGCCUAAGAAACAAUGGGGAGCCCCAGAUAGAAAACUGUUUUGGGGAAAUCAAGAUCCUAUUCGCCCUGUUUCCCGGAAUGCUUUGAAGGCUCAACUGACCAAAAGACUUGAGAACCUUGCCAAGCCUAAGGAAGUCUCCCACAGAUAUGUACCUAACAGGGUUCAGUAUUAUUACAGCUGCGGUAGAGAGUCUGUAAUCUGGGAGAUCCCUUCUCCUGCAUUGUUUUGCCAACCUUCCAAAAGGAUCCAGAAGCUGGCACAGCCCAACAGAUUCAAGAAAGGGUAUCUAAUAAAUAGGCCCUUCAGUGAUUACUUAAGAGAUUCUCUUCGAAUCUCUGAUCCUUCUCCCCGGAUAUUACAACUCUCAAUGGCCAAAGUCACAAAUCCAAACUAUGUUCCUCCAAAAAGCACUGAAACCAAAAUUGCGACGUCUGCCCUGACUGCUGUUGCAACUCCAAGAACUGUAGACCUUGCCCAUCCAAGGAUUAAGAUAGAGGGUCUGUGCUUUGAAAGAGAAAGAAGUGAAAUGCCCAUCCGUCCUAUAUCCUGUGCUGCCUUGCUCGCCAAACCUAGCCCUCGAAUACUAGCUCUAGCUAAGGCCAGGCCUCUUCAUCAAGAUUAUUUACCUCCCCGUGAUGCCUACUGGCCAGUGUCUUGUGCUGCUAUCCAUUCCAAGAUAUCUCCCAGAAUUCAAGAACUAGCUAAUCCAAAUACAAGGACUCCUGUGCAUAUUGUAUAUUACGAUCCAGAAGUCUUUAAAGUCAAGCCAGCUGCUUUGAAAGCACAGUGUUCUCCGAGGAUCCAUGAGUUGGCACAACCUCUUACACGUUAA